CAGUAACCAUCCGAGUUUCCAGUCGCAGUACUCUCCCAUCCCCCAAGAAGCGCGCAUCAUGUCCCGCUUCCUGUCCGAGCCGAUCACGACAAAGCAGUCCCAUCAAGUGACAGCACCGAAGCUUAACUUAAGCAUCGGGUACAGCUCCAUGCAAGGAUGGCGCGACACGAUGGAAGACGCGGAUCUGGUCGAAGUUGACAUCCCAGGGAACGUCAACGGCGCAUGUUUUGCCAUCUUUGACGGACACGGAGGGGACCACGUCGCCAAAGCUGUUGCCAAGGAAAUUCUACAAAACAUCGCUGACACGGACGACUUCAAGCGCUACGAUGGAUCUGACCAUCGCGUGAUGGUGACCGCGUUGAGCCAAGGGUUCCUUAAAACCGACGACUCGAUUCGAAACAACGAAGCAGUGGGGGGCAACGCCGACGAAGUUGGUGCCACUGGCCUUCUCGUCAUUGUCACGGAAAAACACAUCUUCUCGGCCAACAUCGGUGAUUCACGAUGCAUCUUGAGUAAGUUUCAAAACCAAGCCCCGAUCCAGAUGUCACUCGAUCAUAAACCGGACCACGAGACGGAAAAACUGCGCAUCGUAGCUGCCGGCGGCACCGUCUUCCGCGGUCGCGUGUGCGGUGGUGUGGCCGUGAGCCGUAGCUUCGGUGACUACUGGUUCAAGCGCAACGAAGAAGGAAAGCCAGACAAAAAGCCGUGGGAGCACCUUGUGAUCGCGGAGCCGUGUGUGAAUGUCCAGCCCCGCGACCUCAUCAAGGACGAGUUCCUCGUCCUGUGCUGCGAUGGUAUCUACGACGUCAUGUCGAACGAACAGGUCCAGCGCUUUGUGCGCGACCGAUUCAAGGCGGGCAAGUCGCCCAAGGAAGUGAGCGAGCUCCUCAUGGACGAGUGCCUGAACAAGGGCAGUCGAGACAACAUGAGUGUCAUCAUUGUCGUGUUCAACGCCAAAAAGAAGUAGCGCACGCGAUACCCGAUCUCAUACAAUCAAGCGAUUUGCAUUCUUAGCUGUCUCCACGAAUAAUCCUCGCCACAUGAAGGUCGUUGGUGCAUCGUCCAUUGGAUGUGCCUAUCAGUCGUCAUUGCUCUCGUACAGCGCUUCGAUGGCUGCCUUCACGUCGCCGUGGC